AUGGAUAAACUCCAGGCCUUCGGAAAGAACUUCAACGCCCAGUUCACGCCUUUUGCGGCGCGAACUCAGCAGUUUGUCAAGGAACAGCUUGGCCAGGCGGAUGAGAAGACCCAGCUUCCGGAUGAUUAUCUCGAGCUCGAGAAGCGUGUCGAUGCUUUGAAGCAGGUUCACCAGAAGCUUCUUUCCGUGACCUCCCAAUACUCAAACGAGGCUUAUGAUUAUCCCCCCAACAUCCGCGAGUCCUUCAACGACCUCGGUCGCACCAUCAGCGAAAAAGUCAACCUCCUCUCUCACGCUUCCUCCCCAGCCGAAGCCCAGGCUGCCUUGACCGCACCCCCCUCCGCCAAACCCCAACCCAAGACCUUCAGCCACGCCAUCGCACGCGCUUCCCUGUCUGGCUCGCAGCUAAUCGCCCAGACCUCCCCGGCCGAGGACCCCCUCUCAACCGCAUUGGAGAAAUACGCCUUGGCCCUUGAGAAAGUCGGCGAAGCCCGUUUGGCGCAAGACGCUCAGAUACAGUCUCGUUUCUUGGCUGGAUGGAACACCACCUUGAACACAAACCUGACUUUUGCGACCAAGGCUCGUCGCAAUGUGGAGAACUCGAGACUCAGCUUGGAUUCGAUCAAGGCCAAGAAGAAGGCUGCCGCCGGUGGGGAUUUGGAUAAUAUUAGUGAGGAUGCAAGAAUUGAGAUUGAGCAGGCCGAGGAUGAGUUCGUGGGGCAGACCGAGGAGGCUGUUGCUGUGAUGAAGAAUGUCCUUGAUACCCCUGAGCCAUUGAGAAACCUCGCAGAUUUGAUCGCUGCCCAGCUCGAGUACCACAAGCGUGCAUAUGAGAUUCUCUCCGAACUGGCUCCCGUUGUUGAUGGCCUGCAAGUUGAGCAGGAGGCCAACUACCGUAAGAGCCGUGAGGGCGCUUAA